AUGGCCUGGCUUGAUCUUGACGAGCUGCCCCAGCUAGUGGGACGCGGCAUGGUGAUGUCUGAUCGCCUGCUCUCCUUGUGCGCGUUCCGCACCGAAGACCAUUUGACCGGUGCAGCAGGAAACGCGCGGACGGCCGUCAUGCGCGAAAUCAUGCGGCUUGGUGGGACUGACACCGACGGUCCCGUGCGGCUGUUGACGCAGCUCCGCUGGUUUGGGCACUAUUUCAGCCCCCUCAACCUGUACUACGUUUACGACAGGGGCGGGACGCGCGUCUGCCAAGUCUUAGCGGAAGUGAACAACACGCCCUGGGGCGAACGCCACCUGUACCUGCUUUCGGACGCCAACCGUGUCGCGACGGGCCCUGGGCUGCGAUUCCGUCACACCAAACAAUUCCAUGUCUCACCCUUCAUGGGGAUGGACGCUCAAUACCAUUGGCGGCUGAGUGAGCCGGGUGAGACGCUUCGCGUGGCGCUCACCAACCACGACUCAGACACUGGCAGAUUUGACGCCUGCAUGACCCUGCUCCGCCGGCCAUUGACCCGCAGGGCCGUUGUUGGACUUGCGGCGCGGCGUCCGUUCGCGACGACGCGUCGUUCGCUCAUCGACCGAACGGCACGAUGGCUGGUGCUAGACCGGCUGCGCGGCAUCCAGCACGGGGGGCUCAGGCUGGUCGAGCCGGGGGAAGCUACCUUGCUGGGCGACUCACCUCCUUUCGCCGACUUGCUAGUCCGGCGGCCUCGGUUUUUCCGUCGCGUCGCGCUGGGAGGGGCAUUGGGCGCCGCAGACGCGUUCGUUGACGGAGACUGGGAUUCCCCUGACCUGACGUCCGUCCUGCAGGUAUUGGCUCGGAACUCCAUCGCCCUGCAACGGGUUGAGCGUGGCGCGCCGAGUCUGCUGCGACCGAUCCGAGCCGCGUUCAACCGGCUACGCCGCAACACCCUUGGCGGCAGUCGCCGCAACAUUGCCGCUCACUAUGAUCUCAGCAACGACUUCUUCGCGUUGAUGCUCGACCCGACCAUGACGUACUCGAGCGGCUACUUCGCAACUCCCGAUGCAUCGCUCGAGCAGGCGUCGACCGAGAAGUACGACCGCAUCUGCCGCAAGCUUGACCUUGGCCCCGAGCACCAUGUGCUGGAGAUCGGCUCGGGGUGGGGCGGCUUCGCCGAGCACGCCGCCGGCCGGUAUGGCUGCCGGGUCACGACCACUACCAUAUCCGAUCAGCAGCUCGUUUACGUUAGGAACCGUAUCUCCAACGCCGGCUUGAGCGAUCGCAUCACUCUACUCUCACAAGACUACCGCAGUUUGGAAGGCGCCUACGACCGGCUGGUUUCCAUUGAGAUGAUCGAGGCGGUCGGCAAAGAGUAUUUGCCCGGUUACUUUCGGAAAUGCUCUAACCUCCUCAAGCCUGACGGGGCCAUGGCCCUGCAGGCGAUUACGAUCCCCGACUGCCGCUACGAGGCAUAUUGUCGGUCGGUUGACUUUAUCCAGCGGUACAUCUUUCCGGGCGGUUCCCUGCCCAGCCCUGGAGCCAUCACGGGGUGUCUAGCCGGCGACACUGACUUCCGGUUGGUUCAUGUUGAGGACUUCAGCGAUCACUACGCCCGCACGCUUGCCGCGUGGCGAGAUAAACUCUGGGGGCGAGUGGCCGAAGCAGAGUUGCUCGGGUUCGACGAUCGGUUUCUAAGAAUCUGGCGGUACUACCUGUGUUACUGUGAGGCCGGGUUUCUUGAGCGGCAGGUGGGCGUUUCGCAGUGGGUAUUCAAUAAGCCGCUCAACCGCACCGCAGCCGGCUGA